AUGUCCUUUCCUAAGGCGCCCCUGAAACGAUUCAAUGACCCUUCUGGUUGUGCACCAUCUCCAGGUGCUUAUGAUGUUACAACUUCAGAAGUAUUGAAAGGACCGGUAUCUUUUCAGAAAUCACAAAGAUUUAAAAAACAGAAAGAAUCUCAACAAAAUCUUAAUAUUGACAAAGAUAUUACCUUGCCUGCUUCAGCAAGAAAAGUUAAGACUUUGGGAUUAAAGAAGGAGUCUCAAAAGAAUGAUAAAGAUUUGAAGAUACUAGAAAAAGAGAUUCGUGUUCUCGUGCAGGAACGUGGUGCUCAGGAUAAGCGGAUCCAGGAUCUGGAAGCCGAGUUAGAGAAGACAGAGGCUAAGCUAAAUGCUGCAGUCAGGGAGAAAACAUCUCUCUCUGCAAGUAAUGCUUCACUAGAAAAACAGCUUAUUGAAUUAACCAGGACUAAUGAGCUACUAAAAUCAAAGUUUUCUGAAGAUAGUAACCAGAAGACUAUGAGAAUUCUAAGCCUCGAAUUAAUGAAACUUAGAAACAAGAGAGAAACAAAGAUAAGGAGUAUGAUGGCUAAACAGGAAGGCAUGGAGGUGAAGCUACAGGUCACUCAGAAGAAUCUUGAGGAGUCUCAGGGGAAAAUAGCACAACUGGAGGGGAAACUUGUUUCAAUAGAGAAGGACAAGAUUGAUGAAAAAUCCGAAACAGAAAAACUCUUAGAAUACAUCGAAGAAAUUAGUUGUGCAUCAGAUCAAGUGGAAAAAUACAAGCUAGAUAUUGCCCAGUUAGAAGAAAAUUUGAAAGAGAAGAAUUAUGAAGUUUUAAGCCUUAAGCAAUCUCUUGAGGAAAAUGUUGCUAUGCUUUCUAAAAAAGUCGAAAACCUAAAUGCUAAGUGUCAGCUGCUUGAAAAAGAAAAAGAAGACCUCAUCAACAGGGAUAGGGAACAGGAUGAAGGUCUGAAUUCUGAAAUGCAAAACUUAAAGGAGAAACUUAUUCUUGAAAAGGAAGAACAUGAAAAGUUACGACAAAAAGAACUGCAAAGUGAUUCACUUCUGCAACAAGAGAAGGAGUUGUCCUCCAGUCUUCAACAGAAGCUAGGUUCUUUUCAAGAGGAAAUGAUGAGAGAGAGAGAUCUCUUUGAGGAAGAAUUAAAGCAAACACUGGAAGAACUAGAUAAAUUACAGCAAAAGGAGGAACAAGCUGAAAGGCUGAUUACACAAUUGGAAGAGGAAACAAAAUCUAGAGCUGAGGAACUGAAACUCCUAGAAGAAAAGCUGAAAGGGAAAGAAGCUGAACUAGAGAAAAGUAACGCUGCUCACGCUCAAGCCACCCUGCUUUUACAGGAAAGGUAUCAGAGUACAGUGCAAAACCUAGGAGAUGUUACUGCUCAAUUUGAAAGUUAUAAAGCAUUAACAGCUAAUGAAAUAGAAGAUCUUAAGCUGAAGAAUUCAGCACUUCAGGAAAAAGUGGCCAGUGCCGAGAAAAGUGCAGAGGACAUUCAACAUCAGAUAUUGGCAACUGAGAGCGCAAAUGAAGAAUAUGCAAGGAUGCUUCUAGAUCUGCAGACCAAAUCAGCACUUAAAGAAGCAGAAAUUAAAGAAAUCACAGUCUCUUCUCUUAAAACAAUAACUGAUUUGCAGAACCAACUCAAGCAACAAGGUGAAGAGUUUAGGAAACAACUGGAAGAGGAAGAAGCAAGAAAAGCUGGAAAAGAAAACACAGUGGCAGAAUUAACUGAGGAAAUGAAUAAGUGGCAUCUCCUUUAUAAAGAACUGUAUAAUAAAACAAAACCUUUCCAGCUACAACUGGAUGCUUUUGAAGCAGAGAAACAGACUUUGUUGAAUGAACAUGGAGCAGCUCAGGAACAGCUUAAUAAACUAAGAGAUUCUUAUGCUAAAUUACUGGGUCAUCAAAAUCUAAAGCAAAAAAUCAAGCAUGUUGUGAAACUGAAAGAUGAAAAUAGCCAACUCAAAUCGGAGGUGUCAAAACUCCGCUCUCAGCUUGCUAAGAAAAAACAAAGUGAAACAAAACUUCAGGAGGAAUUGAAUAAAGUUCUGGGUAUCAAACACUUUGAUCCUUCAAAGGCUUUUCUUCAUGAAAGUAAAGAAAAUUUUGCUCUCAAAACCCCAUUGAAAGAAGGCAAUACAAACUGCUGUUGAGCUCCUGUGGAGUUUCAAGAAUGAUGCAAGUAAACAUCUGAAAGACCUGUUAAAGAUUAUUUC